UACAUUAUAUACAUGCAUACGUCUGCUGCAGACAUACAUAUGUAUGAUAUCUCCUUCUAGUACCGAUUUCCCUUUACAGUAAUCGGAAACUGCGGGGAAAUCCAGCUCAAGGCCACCGGUGAAGUAGAGUGGUAUACACCUGGGAUUCAUACGGGGAUGGGAUUUUAUUGGGAUCAAGAUUCGCUUAAAUAAUAAGACGUGGCAAGAUUCGACAUGACAUAUGGUGUCAUGUCCAGCACAGACGUCUUUUUGUUGCCCAACGAGGCUGGCCUCCGCCCCUUUUUUUUAACCCUGCGUUUCCGCCUACGCGACAAGGUAAUCCACCUUGAAUUGUUCCGCAGACCAUGGGGGAUUUUCCGCCGGACACGCGAUUGGCUCUGCGAACAGCGACCUCGGACGAUCUGGAAGACAUCGCGACCGUGGCCCAGGAAGGAUUCCCAGACGACCCAGAAUUCGACUACAGAUUCCCGUACAGAGGACAAUAUCCGGAGGACAAUCGCAAGUGGAUAUUGCAGGAGUAUAGAGAGUACCUUGAACAACCUGAUAAGUAUGAAGUAAUUAUUGUCACGGCGAGUGAUAAUGACAAUAAGGCCGUUGCAUUGUCCGUCUGGGAUAUCUCUAUCAGUAAAGCUCACCGAGGAAGUGAUCUUGGUAUCCCCGAUGACCCAGAAGAGCAGUGCCGGCGGAAGGAUGCGAAUCCAAUUCACUUCAGGAAGUUCAAGGAGCGUAUGAACGAAGCUUUCGAGCUGUACUUUAGCGAGUAUGGAACGGACCAGAUCCACCUAUGGCUGCUCGCCACCCGUCCGGCUUUUCGGCGCAGGGGAGCGGGAACGUGGCUGUGUCGAUGGGGUCUGGAGCGAGCGUCGCGAAACUCCAUAUGCACUACGGUUCUAGCGAGCCCGAUGGGGAGAUGUCUUUAUGAGGAGCUUAGCUUUGCCGAAUGUGGCUCGUUCAUUAUACAGGUGGACGGCGAAGCAGAGAAGCUCCAGCUUUGGGCAAUGACUCAUCCGAAGACUGCCCCCCAGGUUGAGAUGAAGUGGGAGCCUUCUAGUUUGUUUCUGCGCUUGCUCACUUCCAUUCUCUUUCUCGGACAAAAAUAGUUUGGAAAUCUUGGACCACAUGCCUCUCCACAAUCCGAAGUCCCUACAUAUGCAGGUCUCUAAGCCUAAACACUUGUUCGGGAAAAGUCUAAUCUUCUAAAUGUGACAGCCCCCCGAAGCACCCGUUGUUAUAUCAUAUCUCGGAUGGUUGAAUCUCGGUGCCACGUGUCUGUCUAGGUAUAUUCAUACAUUUCUGCAUCUUUGGCAUGUACAGACUCUUCCUCCU